AUGGCACUCAACUCGAGUCCUGGCAUCGCGUGCAUCGGCAUCAUUGGCAAACAUGACAACCCUCUACACAUCUCCCUGUUUCCACCGCACGAGCACGAAGACCUGGACAUGCAGUUCCUGCUGAACUCCUGCCUCGACGUCUUUGACAUCCGAUCCAAAACCAAGACUCUCGAUCAGGACGUGGGGCUUCUUCAGGCCAUCGACGAGCGUCUCGCCGCGUACGGUUGGCUGACGAACACUGGCAUCAAGUUCAUUAUUGUGGUUGACAUGACGGGUCGGCCUCCGGCCGCAGACGAAGAUAAAAGGCGGUUCCCACCUGUCGUGGGCAUCCGAGACACCGAUCUGAAGCCUGCUUUCCGAGCCGUGCAGACGGCGUACAUUCAGCUCAUGCUCAACCCCUUCUAUGCGCCCGACGAUCGGACUCCCUUGCAGAUUGCCAAUUACGGAGGGAAGAGUCCUGAAAUCACGAGCAAGAAGUUCAUCAACGAAUUGCAAAGAAUAGGAAAUGCUUGGGCACCGGGAGUCACAAGCAUAUGA